UAAGCAUGUUAUCACAGGUGAGCUCCUCCCUUAAACAUCCAGGUGCUUCCAUCAUGCGUUUGUGCGUCUGCGUGGCUGCACAGGUGCUGCAUGGAUUCGUUUUUUUCCUAGUACAACGAAAUGUAACUGUAUUCGCAAUUAAUAUGGGUGCACGUACCUUGACCCUAGUGGGUCAGACAAGAGAGAAUCCCAACACUUUUCCAUUCGGUUUACUUGAAUUUUGCGUCGAUUCGGUCGCUACCUGUUUCUCUCACAACGCAGACAGACGUUGCGUCCCCAUCGGCCUCAGCUCUCUCUCUGCGCUGCUUUUACUGCUGUCAUGCUUUCUCUACGUGUAUCAGAUGUGCACAUUUCGAAAAGAAGCUCCAGGAGGCACCAUCUCUUUCCUCUACAGCUUCAUUGGUAACCUGUGCAGCACAAUUGGAGCCAUUCUGUCCAGACAGCUGCAUAUUCAGGUUUUGAUGGGUGCUUUUGCUGCUGCUGUGGAUGCUGUUAGUUUUAUUGCUUGCUGUUUCCAUGUGCUCCUGUACUGGAACUCAAAGGCAGGCAGGAGGCUGAGGAUGAUGAGAGGGCGGAGGAGGCAGCACCUCCUUGCAGUGUGUGUACUGAUGGUAGUUGCAGGAGGCUUUUUGAAGUCCAGGGUGACCCACCUCUCAGCAGAGAGGCCUCUCAGCAGCAGGAGGAGACUGCUGCACACCAUCCUCCAAGACAACGUUGAAGUCCUGGGUUACAUGCUUGGCCUGCUGUCCUGUGUCAUCGCCUGUACCUCCAGGUUCCCUGCUCUCUGCAGAGCAUACAGAGGACAGAUGUUUACCUGGGCCUACAUGUUCUCUGGACUGCUGUGCUCACUGGCUGGGGCUCUCUAUGCUGCUGCCAUACUCCUCUACGACACUCAGUUUGGCUUUCUUUUAAGAGUCAUGCCGUGGCUGCUGUCAGCAAUAUGCUGUGUCACAAUGGACCUUCUUAUUCUUGUCGUCCACUGGUGGAAGAGAGGAACCAGACAGCAGCGUACCAGUUUUUUUCCAGACACAGAGAGCCUUUUAAGUGGCUCACGCAUCCUCACUGCGGAUAAUGAUGUCAUGAAAAGACCAAAAAAACAGCAAGUUCAUUCUUCCACAGGGACAAAAACAAAAAAUGUCCAAAAGAUGACUGAGAUGGGUUGUUAUAUGGAUGUCACUGUUCAACCAGCAGGAAAACAGAAAUGCCUGAAGGAAGUGAUGUCAUUGGAGGAAGUGGAGGACCGGUCUCUCAACCAGAAUGUGCGAGUGGACAGUUUCUGCUCCUCAGAUACAUCAUGUGACUCUUCACUAGUCAGCUCUGACCUGGAGUGGGAUUUUGAAGAGGCAAAUGCCCAGUGGAUUGAACCAAAUGCAAAACAACAGGAGGAGGAUACGUUUCCACCGCAGGAGAGGCUGACAAACCCCAAACUUGUUACCAUCUGCACCUGUUCCAUGUUUGGCCUCCCACAGAAAACUCAGUCUGGUAAAGAAGAGGGUGAGAGCGUCUCUUCUGCAAGCCUGGCAAAAUGGCAAACAAAUGAAAAUCUCAAUCAGUGAUGUGAUACACAUCUGGUGCAUUCAUUUGAGGGGAAUAAAAGAGUAAA